CACACACUCGCAGUGAGCCAGUGAGUGAAGCAGAGGGCUGUGUCCGUGACGAACGGCAGGCGAACAGGAGGGACGGCGGCCAAGAUGGAAUUUGCCUGCAGCCAUGUGGUGUGUAACUGGAAACCCGAAGGCGCCGCUGUUCAGCGGCACCGCUCCACGCUUGACAGUCCGGUAACCGAAGAGCGCCCCAGCAUCUCGAGACCCCUCUCCUCCUCGGACCACGACUACGACAACCGCGUGGCCGUGCUCCCCAAACCCGACAUCUCAAUUGUACCACCACCUUUGCCACCUCGGCAGUCGUUGUUGCACAAACAGCCCCAGCCCAAGUCAGCACCACCCCCUGUCCCCCCUCGAGGUCAGGAAGCAAAAGGAGAGAUGCGACUCAAGGCCAAUGUAAACGUGCUGUCCCUCAAUGUAGGACGCCUUGUGGACAUCAGCAAGGCCGCCGCCAUCCACUGCACACGGCGCCCAGUGUACUGUUCCAGGUGCCAUGCCGCCAUGUCAAGCCUGAGUAACCUGCAGAGCAAACAGAGCGAAACUGUGUGGCCAUGUGAGUUCUGUGGGCAGGAGAACAAGAUUAUGUCAACGGACCCAGGAGCCAAGCGAACUGCCCGCCAGAACCUCCCAGGGCGGGACAUCAUUUACCUGAGCGAGGAUUCUGACGGAGAUUACAUAAACCUGGAGGACAUGCUUGUGGUCUUCUGUGUGGACAUCUCUGGCAGCAUGAGCGUUACUUAUGAGGUUACCCCUGGCAACAGCACAAGGUCUCCUACCUAUGUCUCCAGACUCCAGAGUGUCCAGGAUGCCCUGCAGAGGGCGCUGAGCUCGUUGUUGCACUCGUCCCCGCACCGCAGAGUGGCUCUGGUUACCUUCAAUGACGAGGUGACCGUGUACGGGGACGGUACAGGGGCGCCGCUCACUCUCAGAGACUGGUCGCUCGUGGACUUCGAUCACCUCAAAGAACAGGGCAAGCAGUACUGCACACCACACUGCAUCGCAGAGUCCAUACACCCGCUGAACCAGAAGAUCAAGGAGAUGCAAGAACAUGGAGCCACAGCUCUGGGUCCGGCAGCGCUCGUCUCCAUAGCGAUGGCAUCACGAUACACUGGGUCAAAGGUGAUAAUAUGCACAGAUGGGCAGGCUAACAUCGGCCUGGGGGCGUUUGAACAGGGUUCGGAACACGCUGUCAGUUAUUGCCCCUAUUUCUACAGCCAGCUGGCCAAGGAGGCAGUGGACAAGGGGGUCAUAGUGUCGGUGCUGACCUUUGAGGGCACCGACUGUCGCCUUGCUGAAGUGGGCCGCCUGGCUGACUACACUGGAGGAAGGGUGAACAUUGUGAACAUCAGCAGCGUAUCGACGGAGAUCCAGUCUGUGCUGGCAGACAGCAUCAUGGCGACCGACGUGACGGCAACGCUGCUCUCGGCUGAGGGAGUGUACUUUCCCUACGAGGACGAGGUGGCCCACAAGCUGGUCAGGAAGCUCGGCAACGUGACCGAAGGAGCCGAGGUCACUUUUCAGUUUGCAGUCAAACCAGAAAAUGUGGAAACAUUCCAAAGGAAGGACAGGGUCCCGUUUCAACUGCAGCUGGAUUUCAAGACGCGGGACAUGCAGAGAGUGACGCGCAUCGUAACAGAGCAGAGACGGGUCACCACCAGCAGCUGGGUGUGGGCAGGCAGUCUGAACAUGGCGGUGCUGGGAGUCCACUGCGCUCAGCUGUGUGCCAGACUCACCAUGGAAGGCAGAGUCCUGGAGGCUCAAAAGCAGCUGAAAGCCCAGCAGGACCUUCUCAAGGACAUCAGUGAACAGAGGCCUGGGCCUAAAGAGGAGAGCAUCUACGGCAACUGGAUCAGUACCAUGAGCAUGAUCUGUGAGGACCUUUCUGUGGACAGUCAGGACCUGUCGGACGAAGCGGCGAAAGUGGUGUACCAGAUGAAACGCGCCAGGAGUGUCGGCACCAGGAGGCCCAAGGAAGGUGCUCAGGGACUGUGAGCGCGGAGUCGGUCGACAAGCCCCCAAAUGUAUCCGGGGCUCUGAGGACGCGCGUACAACGCUCGUUUACACUGUCAAUAGGCACGUGUGUCACAUACGGAUGUGUCCCUGAAAUAAUACGGUGGGAUGAGCCUCUACCUCUGCCUCUUUUGAAGAGAUGCGAAAAAAAUUUUCUGAGAUAUUUUUGCAGAAGGAAAAACCCAGAACUGCUUGGGAUUAACAGCUUUGAGUUCGCUGCCUUCGUAGUGAUUUACGAGAUGAACUCCUGAAUUCUUACAGCCAAACUACUUCGAACAACACAUUUACAUUAUAUUUACAUGUAUUCGUUUAGCGACCCACAUCCCAGAGAAAACACAACUUGUGCAUUACAUUAGGAACAGAAGCUGUCAUCAGUUCUAAAAGCCCCGAUACAUUCCAGAUGACCGUUGUGUCUGUCUGUUGUGGGGUGAAGGGCACUAGAAAAUUCCACCGCACCUGCGCUGACAAAGGCUGAAAAAUGUGUGUCCCUCGGAAAUGUCGGCAGUGUUUGUCACCAAGGUGCGUGAUUGUAAUAAACCUUGUGAAUAAGAGCUGUUUUUACCGCGCUCCACGGUCGUCUUUCGGCAGCAAUGAUUGCUCUGUUGGGUCUGCCCGUCACUUUGCUCUGUCGCCAAAUGAAUAUUGUACUCGAGCGCAACCGUGUAUUAAAUGUGGCUGUUUUAAACACCUGCUUUAUUUCUUCUGUUCUGCUCUCGAAAUACACUCUUUCCUCACACACACAGCGCUCAGCAGUCCACCGUGAGAUAUAUAUUGCCGCGAAAAACACGAUAAAUACGCGAGCGAAAACACGUAUUAAGCGCAGAGAAGACAACGGGAAUCGUUCUGUGUUUGGCUUCACAAACAAAAACAGGAAGAGGUUGUGGAAAAGGACUGCUUGGUGCUGUUUUGCACAACCACUCCGUUUAUGAAUGAGUGAAACCAGCACGAGGCCAAAGUCUGACACUUUGUGCCCAGAGGGACGUGACCUGACGCACAACAUUCCUCUUUAUCUCACGACAUCUGUGGUCCAAAGUAAAUGAAGAACGACAGUGAUACAUGAUUCUCGCUCACUUCGCGGGGCUAUUUUUGUGUCUUCUUCCCAGCGCAUAUAUGUCAAUAAACUUGUGAUACUAGUUUGAAAUGAGUGUCUCAUACCGAGGUGAUCUGGAACGAACCAGUUAGGAGAGACGCUUCCCUUGGAGUGUUUUCUUCUUUCUCGUUGACGUUGUAAGCGUCUCUCCAAGUGCUGUAAAUGUUUUACCUUGUUUUCUUGUCACCUCUCAUGUCACUGGGCUUUAUACAACCUCUCUUUGACCUGCCAUCACCUUAUCUGUCUUCGUUUAGCAGGUGGUCCGUUGCAGUUCUAGGAGCUGCUGAAAGGGCUCCUGCGAGGCACCUGUUGACCUUCACACACCAUGGGCUGCACCAGCGAGAUCCCUUCCUUCAGCCUCUCGGGGCCAUCAGAAACACUCUUACGGGGGCAUUUUUUUAUUCUGUUGCUCUUGUUGUGUAAUAAGACCAUUACAAUCAGUCUUUCAGGCCGAUGGAAGGUCAGUUUAACGGAGAGAGAAAACA